AUGCUGCUGCAACUGCGAGGAUGGUCUUCCUCCCGCACACUAUGCGAUAAAACUACAAGGCUCUGCUGGCCCCGCCGCAACUCUUCAUACCCUCUCAGCCGCUUCGCUGAGCUCGUUGGCCGCCCGUCUUCGCGACACCAGAUCUACCAAUCCGUCUCCACGGACCCAUACGUAAACCUCUCGAUCGAGCAUUUCCUCCUUGAAAAUGCGCCAGACGACUCGAGCAUUCUAUUCCUCUACACCAACCGGCCAUGCGUGGUGAUCGGGCGCAACCAGAACCCAUGGCUGGAGACAGAUCUGCGCGCGCUGCACAAUGAUCGCCAGAAUGGUACGGCCAGAGAGGAUUGCGAGAGCGCGCUCUACGUCCGGCGGCGGUCUGGAGGUGGAGCGGUUUUCCACGACGAGGGGAAUCUCAAUUACAGCGUCAUCUCGCCGCGUACGGCGUUCACGCGCAACAAGCAUGCCGAGAUGAUGGUUCGGGCGCUGCACCGCGUCGGGGCGACAAAUACCAGCGUCAAUCAGCGACACGAUAUCGUGAUGACCCCCGACGAUGCAUCAAAAGACCCAAGCGAGCCUCCAUCCCGCAAGGUGUCCGGGUCGGCAUUCAAGCUCACCCGGCACCGGGCCUUGCACCAUGGCACAUGUCUGCUGGAUUCGCCCAAUAUCCAUGAUCUCGGCCGCUUCUUGCGAUCACCGGCGCGCGGAUACAUCCAAGCCAAAGGUGUAGAAAGUGUACGAUCGCCCGUAGGGAAUGUCUCCUCUGCGUUCGCCGACUCUUUCUUCUCCACCCUCGCCGUGAUUGAAAGCGUGGUGGAGGAGUUUGCGCGGCAGUAUGGUAUCCAUCCAGACGCUGUUCUCCGGGCGCGCCGGGCGCAUGCCAAUGACCCCGAGAUCUACGCUGGAGACAGCUGGGUCGCCGGCACGGUUGGAGAUGUACAGGGCGAGCAGGUGCCCGAGAUUGGCAAAGGCAUUGCUGAGCUACGGUCCUUGGAGUGGAAAUACACACAGACUCCCCAAUUCACCUUCUCAACCUAUCCCAUCGACGAAGACCCUCGCGAGCGAGCACCGCUCCCACCCACCCUUCCAUCUUCCACCCGCGUAUUUCUGCGCCUCAAGCACGGCGCUAUCAUUGGAAGCUACAUAUCUGUUUCCUCGGACCCAUCCAUAGCAUCUGAUCAGGCUGCUCGCGUGCAUGAGGCUCUCAAUGGACAGCAUCUACAUGAGAUUAUGCGGUCACAGUGGACGGAGAUUCUGCGACGGGGUCUGGGCGGAACACAAGAUGUAGACGAUGGCGUUAUCCGAGAACUGGCGCGGUUCUUGGGUGGGUUGCUUGGAGGAUAG